AUGUAUACCAUCUGUGUGCGCUGCAUAGCGCAUACUCCGGGCAGCUCCGGCGCCAAGCGCAGAUUUCCGCGAGCUCCAGGUUGCGUGCGAUUCCUGAGCUCUCGUGCCACCUCUGCGGCCCGCCCCCGACAACCGCCACCCCGAGAUCACCGCCUCCCGCCAGCGCCAGCCACGAGUUUUGCGUCACCGUUGAGUGUUAUUCUUGCAAGCGGCAGUCACAGUCAAGGCAGGAGACAUUAUGCUACUGGCAAGGACCAAGGCCCGCGUUCCAUCGCCGUGCUCGGCGGUGGGCUGACGGGCCUCACCACAGCAUGGUAUCUGACACGCAACCUCCCACAAGCCAAGAUCACAAUCUACGAGGCAAACGACCGGCUGGGCGGGUGGGUAGACACGACGAAGGUCAAAGUGCGAACCCCGGACGGCACGGAAGGCACUGUGCACUUUGAGCACGCCGCGCGCAUGGUGAAGCCGCAAACCGGAGGUUCGGGAGGCGUCCCCCGGUGGGACGACCUGGUGUUCUUCGACAUGGUCGCCAACCUCAACCUCGCUGAUCAGCUCGUCCACACUGUGAAAGGGGAGGAUACCGUCGCCGGCUACAUCUACUACCCCGACCAUCUAGCUGCUGUGCCUACUGCAAACGGGGGACUUCUCAAUGUGCUUGCCAGUGCGGGCAAGAUGCUUACCGAGCCCGUCUUCCGGGACCUGAUACCUGCUGUGUUCAACGUAUUCACCAAGAAUAGGUACUCGUAUAAGGCGGACAUCUUCAAGGGACGCAUCGACAUGUCCCUGGGCGAUUACUAUGCGCACCUGUUUGGAGGCCCUGGUCUGGUGGACAAGGCUCUGUCGGCCAUGGUCCACGGCAUAACGGGCGGGGAUGUGUGGAAGCAGAGCAUUGCGAGCGGGCCGUGGGCUGACAUGGUCGUGCCCAACGACCAGCCCAUGACCAACGCGCGCGUGCGCCGAGUUGACUAUGAGUUGAUGAGGCAGAUCAUCCAGGACAAGGCCGUGUUUGAUCUGGCAUCACAGCACCUCGGGUCUGGCGCGCUCUGGUUUCGAAACGGCUUCAGCACGCUGACCAACGCGCUCGCUGACGCACUGAGGAAGAACCCCAACGUUACGAUCAAAACGAGCGACCCUGUUGAGUCUGUCCGCUAUCUCGACGAUAUCGACCGGAUGUCUAUUACCACUAGGAAGAACAAGAAACCGGUCGCCUAUGAAAAGGUAGUCUCAACCCUAUACGCCAAAACACUGGCAGGCCUCACCGACGGCCGCCUGCCUUCUCUCGCUGAGUCCAGCGCCGUCACAAUCAUGCUCGUCAACAUCUGGUAUCCCGUGCCCGCAGCCAACCAUCCCUACCACGCCUUCGGCUACCUUCUACCCCAAGCCCUACCCCACGAAGCCAACCCGGAAUGCGUCCUCGGGGUAAUCUUCGACUCGGAGCGCGAAUUCAGGCUCAGCCCGGAGGAUGGCAGCGCCGUCAACCGCGGCGCCGACACGCUCAUGGGCACCAAGCUGACCGUCAUGAUGGGCGGGCACUACUGGGACGACCUGCCGGCCUCUUUCCUGCCGGACGAGGAAAGCGCCAUCGCCAUGGCCAAGCGCGCCGUGCAGCGCCACCUCAACCUCGACCCGCAACUCUCGGCCCAAGCGCACGCCCAGGCUCGCCUCUGCCGCGACUGCAUCCCGCAGCACCUCGUGGGCCACAUCGCGCGCAUGCGCGCCGCGCACGCCGACCUGCAGUGGGGGUUCAAGGGCCGCCUGGCCGUCGCGGGCCAGUCGUACCAGAGCCCGGGCGUGCUGUACAUGCUGCGCGCGGGGCGGGACGUGGCGAUGCAGAUUGCCGGCGGUUUCGGUUCGGGCAGCUCGUCCUCGUCGCAGCAGCAGCGACAGCAACAGCAGCAAGAUGGUGAAGAGGGGCUUUUGGGCGUAGGCGAGACCGGACUGGAGAGGUUUACGCGGCAGCCGGAGUAUAUGUCGGUGGAGAAGGCGAUGCUGCCGUUGCGAUUUAAUAGCGGCGCCUUCUUGGAUGAGAGCGGCGAGAUACAGCCUCAGAAUCCGCAGCUGCGGAACGCGGCGCAUAGUCGCUAA